AUGGAAGCGCUUAUACCAGUUAUUAAUAAGUUGCAAGAUGUUUUUAACACUGUCGGAGCCGAUGCCAUCCAAUUACCUCAGAUAGUAGUUUUAGGAACUCAGAGCUCUGGUAAGAGUUCUGUCAUAGAGAGUUUAGUGGGGCGUUCAUUUCUUCCUCGAGGCCCCGGGAUUGUGACCAGGCGGCCCCUGGUUCUGCAACUUGUCUACAGUCCUAAGGAUAGCAAGGAACAUCGAUCGGCUGAAGAAGGAACUGUAAACCUAGAAGAAUGGGGCAAAUUCCUCCACACCAAAGACAAGAUAUACACAGAUUUCGAUCAAAUGCGACAAGAAAUAGAAAGAGAAACAGACCGCAUGGCCGGCAGCAACAAGGGCAUCUGCCCAGAGCCUAUAAGCCUCAAGAUUUUCUCAACCAGAGUUGUAAACCUCACUUUAGUUGAUCUUCCUGGUAUCACUAAGGUGCCAAUUGGUGAUCAGCCUGAAGAUAUUGAAAACCAAAUUAGAAAUCUUAUUAUCAAGUACAUUUCAAACCCAAACUCCAUAAUAUUGGCUGUGACUGCUGCCAACACAGAUAUGGCAACCAGUGAAGCUAUUAAAAUGUCCAAAGAGGUUGAUCCAGAUGGUAGAAGGACUUUAGCUGUUGUCACUAAGCUGGAUCUCAUGGAUGCAGGAACUGAUGCCAUAGACAUCCUAUGCGGCCGCGUCAUUCCCGUAAAACUUGGCAUUAUCGGCGUUGUAAACAGAUCGCAGCAAGACAUAAUUGAUAACAAAUCGAUAGGGGAUGCUCUCAAAGACGAAGCAACAUACCUCCAAAGAAAAUAUCCGACGAUCGCUACACGCAAUGGCACGCCACACUUGGCAAAGACCUUGAACAGACUACUGAUGCACCAUAUUAGGGAUUGCUUGCCUGAAUUAAAGGUUCGCGUGAAUGUAAUGAUCUCACAGUUCCAAUCUCUUCUCAACUCUUAUGGAGAAGAUGUUUCGGAUAAGUCACAGACUCUACUUCAAAUUAUAACAAAGUUCGCUAGCGCAUAUUGCUCUACCAUAGAGGGUACGGCCAGGAAUAUAGAGACUACUGAACUUUGUGGAGGCGCCAGAAUAUGCUACAUAUUCCACGAGACAUUUGGCCGCACUUUAGAUUCCAUACAUCCUCUAGUCGGUUUGACGCGCAUGGACAUUUUGACCGCGAUCCGCAAUGCUACGGGUCCACGGCCAGCUCUGUUUGUGCCUGAAGUCUCGUUUGAACUGCUUGUGAAGCGGCAGAUAAGGAGACUUGAAGAUCCUUCGCUUCGUUGCGUGGAACUGGUACAUGAAGAGAUGCAGCGUAUAGUGCAGCACUGCGGCACAGAGGUGCAACAAGAAAUGUUGCGGUUCCCGCGCCUGCACCAGCGCAUCGUCGAUGUCGUCACACAGCUACUGCGCACCCGUCUGCCGGCUACUAACGCUAUGGUGGAGAAUUUGGUACAAAUUGAACUGGCAUAUAUCAACACUAAGCACCCCGACUUUCACCGUGAAGCUGCCUUGGUGUCGGGUUUACUGAAGAGUACAGACAGUCUGAUGGACGAGCACAGCCCCGUUUACCGGCAGAAGACACCACGGCCCGCGUCCUCACCGCAUGUGCCAGCGAUCACGGAUGGUCAGGAGAACAAGUCUCCAACACAGAGUAAUAACAGUGAAUCUCCUGCAACUCCACAGAUGAAUGGAACCCCAGAGAAUAAAGUACUGACGCCUCAAAAGCCAGUGAACCUUCUACCAGAAGUGCCGAGCCAGACCUCGCGCAAGCUGUCCGACAGGGAACAACAUGAUUGUGACGUCAUCGGUGGGCGGAGCGAUGAGCCAUCAAUCCUAAUUCCUAACUCUGAGACAGUAGACGGCAUCAACGUGAUGCAAUUGAAUCAAAUGGGUGAUUUAGUGGAACGGCUGAUCAAAUCUUACUUCUACAUAGUGCGCAAGUCUAUCCAGGACUCGGUGCCGAAAGCUGUGAUGCAUUUCCUAGUGAAUUAUGUGAAGGAUAACCUGCAAUCUGAGCUUGUUACUCACCUGUACAAGUCUGACCAGGCAGAAAGCAUGCUCAAUGAAUCGGAGCAUAUUGCGCAGCGACGGAAGGAGGCCGCUGACAUGCUGAAGGCUCUGCAACGCGCUGGUCAAAUCAUCAGUGAGAUCCGGGAAACGCAUAUGUGGUGA